AUGUUGGGGAACGCUGACAGUCGAAGCGGGGUAGACAAAAGACCCAGAUUGGGGAAUUCCAAGGACCCUAGCCGGAGCUAUAUAACAGUACUGACAUCACGACUUCAAUACUUAGAUGGCAUAGACCCCCAAAUCCAACCUUUGUCCCCCAACGAGAUCCGAUAUGCAAAACUCGAUAUCUCAGACACAUCCUCCAUCACAACAUUCAUAAGCAACACCUUGGAGAAAGAUGGCAAAAUUGACGUCCUUAUCAACAACGCCGGCAUACACAAUAAUAACUACGAGACAACCGAGCUAGCCGAACAAACGCUCAAUGUCAAUUACUAUGGCACAAAAGAUAUGUGCCAGCUCUUCCUCACCAAAGGAAAAAUGAACACGACACCAAACUCGCGCAUCGUAAACGUCAGUAGUACCGUCUCUUCCCUUUCAUACUACACGUCUACCAUACAAUCACGUUUCCGCUCUGCAAAUUCAGUCUUAUACAUCGAUGCCUUGGCUCAAGAAUACAUUGAUGCUGUCAAGUCCCAGAAACACGAGGAGGCCGGUUUCGGAGCGCCGCCGAAAUCUUAUGAAGUCAGCAAAGCGCUUAUGAAUGCUUUGACGCUGGUUUUGGCGAGAGAGAAUGAGGGUGUAGCAAUUAACUGCUGUUGUCCUGGCUGGGUAGACAGCGAUAUGGGAAAUCAUAUUGGGAAGCCACCAAAGACAUUAGAGGAGGGCGCGAGAAUACCUGUAAGACUUGCUAUCGGUGAUCUAGGAGAAGGCGGCAACGAAGAUGGAGGUCUGAAUAGCGAUAGCAAGACGAGGGUUAGCGGAAGGUUUUUUGAAAAUGACGGGAUAACGGAUAGAGGAUGGGGAAGAGUAAAACAGUGGUAG